AUGAGAGAGACAUGGGUAGAUCUAUGCUUUAGAGAAAUCACUUUGGAGCUGGGCCAGGUCCGCUCCGGGGCGAGGCGGUCGUUCACCAGCAGCGCCCACUUCGAGGAGGGCUCUGGACGCUUGUGGAGGACGCUGACCUUCUUCGUGGCGCUCAGCAUGCUCAACGCCUACCUGAAGUCCCGGGAGCAUCAAGAGCGCCUCGAAUUCGUCCCCUACCCCCACCUCCGUAUCCGGACCAAGCCCUUCCCAUGGCGAGAUGGAAACCACACUCUGUUUCAUAACCAUCACGUCAAUCUUCUCCCAACUGGGUGUGAGGACGAGUAA